AUGAACAAAUGUGGGACACAAGCUCCAGUGUGGCUGUCGCUGAAGUCCGAGUCCCUGCCAGCUCCCGGUGAGAGCAAGUGGCUCACAGGCUGCGCUACUUGGCAAGUCUUCUUUGGGGGGCACAAGGACUGCUGCUUGUUCCGGAUACCCAUCUCCGUCAGGAACUGCGGCGAGUUCUUGGUGUACCUCCUGCAGCCUACCCAGGGCUGCAUGGGCUACUGCGCAGAAGACAGGCAGUCCCUGGCAGCCCCAGACGUCGCCCUUUCGGCGUGCCAGGUGGAGCUGCUGCGGGCGCCCUGCGCGGGAGGCAGCUGUGCGGCAGCCACGGUGACGGUGACAGCCGUGACGGACUUGGCGGGGGACGGGGACCGUGCCAGCCGCAUCAGGGCUGAGCCGCUGCCACGGGGGGAUUUGCUCUGGAGGGCUUACACACCCACGGACGUGAAGGUCACAGUUCGAGACCUCCCAACAGGGAACUGCUACUCUUUCACUGAUCCACACAUUAUCACAUUUGAUGGAUGGCGCUACGAUAACUACAAAAUCGGCACCUUCCUCUUGUGCCGGAGCGUGUCGCGGGCGUUUGAAGUGCACGUCCGGCAGUGGGAUUGUGGAGGCCGCCGUUCCCCCACCGCCUGCAAUUGUGGUGUAGCUGCCCGGGAAGGGGGUGACACUGUGGUGCUGGACACCUGCAACGGCCACUUUCGGGAGAGCAGACCCCAACUUACCAUUAAAAGCACGGAGGCAUCGCCACACGUCAAAAUCCUAAAGUCCUACGGAGGGAGGAAAAUAACAAUCCUGUUCCCUUCGGGAGCAUUUGUUCGAGCUGACGUGAGCGAGUGGGGAAUGGGUGUGACAGUGAGGACACCAGGCAGCGACUUCAACAACACCAGAGGUUUGUGCGGCCUCUUUGAUGGGAUCAGUCACAACGACCUGAGCCAUGUGUCUGAGGAAGACUUCAUAGAGGAGUGGAGAAUACCUCCAGGGAAGAGUUUAUUUGACAAGACUCCAGCACCUUCGGAGGGGAAGCAAAGGAAAAAUUACUGCAGAUGUCAGAAGGAGAGCACUAAGUCUACACCUGUGACAAAUAUGCUGAACGCCUUUCAGACUCCUUUCCCUCAGUCCUCUGGUUGCCAUUAUGAUCAUGUGGAUUACACCUCUGCAAUCCCAUAUCUAGAUGUUACGUCAGAGUUUGUCACUCACUCAGAAAGAGAGUCUACUUUAAGAAAAGAUGUGAAGCUCUUGACUAAGCCUUUUAAUCAAAGGUACCUGCCCAAACCAGUCCAAAAACGAGGUAGCCCUGAGGACCAGUUAAAAGCCCUUGCACACGCCGUUUCCAUGAAAAGCAACAGUUCCAUUAACUCAACCAAACCAACAAAAGACAUAAGGAGAGCAAGAAGGCAAGACGACUAUUAUGAAUACUCAUCCUUUCACCCAUUGCAUGGCCCAAGCCAAAGAGAUUCAGAGAGCUUUGCAUAUUUUUUCCCAGAGGAUUACUUUGAAGGGAUUCGGACAAAACUUCCACUGGCAUGGCCCACUCCCAGUGGCCUAACUGCUGUCAAAGCUCGAGAGAUUUGCCAACAAAUUCUUGCAAACUCCACCAUUGGCUCAGUGUGUAAAGAUCUCCUUGGGAAACUGAUGGACGAGGCAAUUGAUAUAUGCCUUUUAGAUCUACAGCUGAAGGAUGACGUGGCCUGGGUGAGGGCACUGACAGCCCUUUUGGAAAAUGAAUGUGAAAGAAGAGUACUAGGAAACAGAGUGUUUGAUGCAGGAGCUCACCCCUCUGCCACCCAGGAGGAGAUCCUCACCGCCCUCCGCUGUCCUGCCCUCUGCAACGGCAACGGGCAGUGCACAGCACUGGGCUGCCAGUGCUUUGAAGACCACAGCUCCUAUGACUGUAGCAUUGCCAAAAAGCAGGCUUUGGAAAUCACAGGCUUAGAGAACAGGGGCCUCUGCGACGUCCGUGCCUCUGACUGCACCAGGAUCCGGGUGUUUGGCCUUGGAUUCAAAAAGUCACCCAACCUACACUGCCAGGUCACCAGAUUAAUUCAUCUCAAUGGCAAAUGGAUAUCAAGAGAACAAGAAACCACCAAAGCAGAUUUUCUCAGCUCAGAAGCUGUUGACUGCCAGAUUCCUCCCCUGAACGUUACAGAGACGGAGGCUGUGCACUUUGCGGCCGGUGAUGAGCCAUUUGCAAGAUGGCAAGUGAAACUCACUAACGAUGGCUUCCAGUACAGUAACUCCAGAGUGCUGACCCUGUACGACGCGGUCUGCCAGGCCUGCCAGUUCCAUCCAACUGGACUUUGUAAAUUAAAGGAAAAUACUUGUAAUAUAGAUGGACUUUGCUACGGUGAAGGAGAGUCAAGCCCUACGAGUCCUUGUCUCCUCUGUGAACCUGACAUUUCCAAGUUUACCUGGUCUAUUAAUGAAAACAACCUGCCUCCUGUGUUCCAGGCCCCCUCCAGCCAGCUGCUGACGUUUUUUGGUGAGAAUUUUGUUUACCAGUUAACAGCAGUGGAUCCAGAAGGGUCAGCUGUGCUGUUCGUCCUAGAGGCUGGGCCACAGUACGCCAGGCUCUCUCCUGCUGGCCUCCUGCUCUGGAAAGUUGACUCAGAAGAAAUGCAGACCUUUGAAUUCUCUGUGUUGGAUGAAUGCAAUGCACAGAGCAGAUACUCUAUUGAGGUUGGAGUGAAGCCCUGCAGCUGCCUCAACGGUGGGACAUGUGUUACCAACAUUACAUUUCCUCCAGGCCUUGGUGAAUACCUGUGCUUAUGUCCAAAUGGAUUUGAUGGAGAAUUUUGCCAGGAAGACACUAACGCCUGCAAAUCCAACCCCUGUGGCAGCGGAACAUGCGUGGACAGUGUGGACAGCUACUUUUGUAAAUGUCCCCCUGGUCUGAGAGCUGUGCCUGCUGCUGACAUUACUAAAGCUCUAAGCGUUGAAAAAGGCAAUGGCAAAGGUGAUUUGAACAAGACUGAGGUUAAGCAGCCACUGCAUCCCUUAGAGGCAAAGGAUUCUCCUGUAAUUAAGAAUUUUAACAUGAGUUAUAAACAAGGCCAGGCAGCAGCACUGUCCCCUGUCCCCAGCUGUGCCAGCAGGCCCUGUUUCCCUGGAGCCCUCUGCUUUGAUCGGAAGCCCCCCUACAUUGGAUACGUCUGUGGCCGCUGCCCAGAGGGGUUUCUGGGGAAUGGUCGAACCUGUAUCAAAGUCCCCAGACCAGUUUCAAGAUCUUCCCAAAGCCAUGUGGACUUUGCUGGAAGAAAGAUUGAAGAUGUUAGAGGCUCUCAGCAGGAAGACAUUUUAAAGACAUCAAGAAGCACAUAUUCCGUUUUUUCCCAAACCCAAAUUCCAAGACAAGAAAAUACAUUCAUUUUGGAAAGAAAACCCACAGUCUUUAAUCCUCCACCCCUUACAAUAAAAAGGAAGAUUUCCCAAGCACAAAAACUUGAUAUGGAGCCAACAUCACCUGAGAAACAAUCUUUUCUUGAAAAAAGGAGUGAUAGAAACACUUUUCUUCUGCAUGAGGAGCCAGACCCCAGCGCUACAACUGUCAGUGUGACAGCCCAUGCCCCUCUCCAUUUCAAACAGUCCAAAGCAGGUACAACACCGACGGCUCCUUCCCAUCGCGACACAAACGCAAGCUCACUCUUGGCGAGGCCACAUGCUGUUCAGCAAACUCAUUCCAAGUAUUCUCCCAGGAAGUGGCCUGGUCAAGUUGCAGUCUUGAAGACUAAACCAUCCCAAGAUUUCCCCAGAGAGCAGCAGAGAGCAUCUCCUUUGGCAACACGCCUCACCUCCUCCUUCCAUUUAACAGGUUCUUCCCUUGAUACAGCUCCCCAGAGUGUCCCAGCAGGGUCUGCUCCCCAAGCAAAGCUUCCAGCACAGACCACACCAGCCAGAAAGGUUUACCACACAGCGAUGGAACAUGUGGAACUGCCAAAAGCUGGCAGGAGAACUCAUCAGACAGUCACUUGUGCUAACAUGCCGUGUUUUCCUGGUGUGCGGUGCGAGCUGGCUGGAGAUGGAGGAUUUAAAUGUGGGCCUUGUCCAACUGGAUACAGCGGUGAUGGAAUUACAUGUGAAGUGAGGUGUGAUCCACCAUGUGAGCAUGGAGGAACUUGUCUGUCUCAAAAUACUUGUUCUUGUCCUUAUGGAUUUGUUGGUCCUCGAUGUGAAACAAUGGUGUGUAACAGACACUGUCACAACGGUGGGGUCUGUGUGUCCCCAGAUGAGUGCAAAUGCAGAAAUGGAUGGAGCAGCCCUUCCUGUGAAACAGCUGUGUGCAAUCCCGUGUGCUUGAAUGGAGGAGUCUGUGUACGGCCAAAUAUGUGUACAUGUCCUUCUGGUUUCUAUGGGCCACAGUGCCAGAGAGCUGUUUGCAUCCCCCCUUGUAAGAACGGUGGUCACUGUGUUCGAACCAACGUGUGCUCCUGUACCGAGGGCUACACUGGAAGGAGGUGUCAGAAAAGUGUCUGUGAUCCCACGUGCAUGAACGGAGGGAAAUGUGUGCGCCCAAACGUCUGUGACUGCCCAUCUGGGUGGAGGGGAAAGCAGUGUAACAAACCUGUCUGCCUGCAGAAGUGUCUGAAUGGUGGAGAAUGCAUAGGCCCAAACAUCUGUGAGUGCUCUGGAGGAUGGCUCGGAGCCCUGUGCCAGACCCCACUCUGUGAGCAAAAAUGUCUAUUUGGAAGCAGAUGCAUAAGACCAAAUGUCUGUGCUUGCAGAAAUGGCUAUACUGGGUCAGCAUGUGAAAAGAAG